AUGAGACGGGAAGGGCGUUCAAACGGCGUCCGGCGGGGAGCUGCGCGGGGCCGGGCCGGGGUUCGGCCAUGGAGGGGGCAGAGGGAGCGGCCCGGUGGCGGCAGAGCCUGGGGCGGCUGUCCCGGGGCCCCCGCGUUGGACGGGCCAGAGCCGGUUCGGGCUCAAGCCCCAGCAAGCCCGGGUGCUGCCGCGCUCCCAGGCAAGCGCGAUCCCCAGAGGACCGCGUUCUUACUGCGCAAGCAGUGGUCCCUGUACAGCGUGACCCCUCUGUACCGGUUCUGCGAGGCCCGGCUGCGGGACUACGGGCGGCAGCUCGGUGCCUUCAUUGCUGCCGAGAGGCAGAAGGGGCUGGCGGUGGAGGUGGGAGUGGAGCUGGAUGUCAAGGUGGCUGUCUCCUGCCUCCCGGACCUGAAAGGCAGCGAGCAGGACCAGGCUGCCCUCCUCCUGCAGCUUUCUACAAGAUCACCAACUUCUAAAAAGAACUCAGAAGACAAGGUGGUGUGGUUGGGGUGGUUCUGCUGUGUGGCUGGGGAUGAACUUUCUGAGAACUUGCCCGAGGACUUCACUUGUCUGCCUCUGUUCCUGGUGCACGGGGCUGAGCGUUACACGGCCAUCGUCGGGGGGUGGUUCCAGAAGACUUUUGACUGCUACUUCAGGCGUUUGACCAUCAGCCCCCUGAGCCUCAGCUGGAUGGCAGCAAUGUGGGCUGGCUGCAAAGAGGACAAAGCCACCUCUGCCAUGGAACUCCUUUUCUCUGUCCCCUGCCUGCCCCAGCCUCUGGAUAUUUCCUACGCUAUUCAUGCGGAGGACGCCAAAGCCCUGUGGGACACGGUCCAAAAGACUCCAGGAGAGAUCACUCAAGAAGAGGUGGAUGUCUUUAUGGACUGCCUGUACUCUCACUUCCACAGACACUUCAAGAUCUACUUGUCAGCUACAAAACUGGUCAAAGUUUCUACAGCGAUUGCCUCAGCACACUCUGAUGGCAUUGUCAAGUUUUUUCAAAGCCAGUACCUAACUGGAGUGCUGAUGUUACUGACUGAACUAGCAAUCUCUCAGAUACAGUGAGAGUCAUUCCAGCAAAUCUUCAUGCUAAGGACACUUACCCGUGGAAGAUGCAUGUUCAGAAACUGACUGGAAACACACUCUUGCCCCAUUUUCUUUCCUGGUGGCUGUCUGAAGUUGGAGUCAAACUCCUGCACUCAACUCCACGUCCAGCUGUAAUCCAAGGUCCUGCACAGCAAAGACAAGCUGACACUUUGCCCUAAGGAAGGGCUACAGUUACAAACUUCUAAUAGCUUCUUCAGCACCUUUGUUUUAUCAUAGUCACUGUUGAUUUCUGUGUCUAUCAGUCAGCCAGGGGCUAGAAGAUAAACAUUCCAAACACUUGGAUCCAACUUAUUGAGGUGUAUUUCUGUUGUUUCAGAGCAGGUUGGUUUCCACUCAGCCUCAGCUACACAGACCUGAGCUAAACUGUGACUGAUCUUGGGUCAGACAAGAUGCAAAGCUAAAGGACACCUGAGAAAGGGUUCAUAUUCUACAAGCCAGGGCAGAAAAAUCCAGGUUUCUUGACUUCCUUUCCAGCUUGCUAAAGAUGGUAACAGUCACAACAUGUUCAUCUGUGUCCCAGCUGGGCUAAGGUGAACAGUGUGAGACUGACUGCUGGCUCCUGUGUCCAGCCUGUUGGUCCUCUCAGCUGAGUUAAUACAUAGGAAAUGGAGGUCUGUGUACAAGCCAGAGGUUUACUAUGAUUUGUCUGAUGGUUGUUGUCUUAGAUGUAAUCCUGUAGGCCAGAGAGCUGCUGGGGCUGGAGCUGCAAGCAAUGAGAUUUUAUAGGAGAUCUCUCCCUGCUGCAGCAGGUAGGACUUCAGGGAGCCAGGGCACAGUGCCUGGCUCCAGCUUAAAUGAGCAGAAAAAAUGUUAGGAUAAGUACAUGCUAAAUGUAGUAUUUUUUGUCUUCUAGUACUAAAUAAAAGUUGCUAUCUUUUG